AUGACUUCCCUUGUCUUCUGCACCACUGACAAGUCUCAAGUCAAACAAUUCAUUCGCAACGUUCGAGCCUCCAAGACUAUCGCCGAUGAACGCGCUGUUGUCCAGAAAGAGAGUGCUGCAAUCCGUGCCAGUUUUCGUGAAGAGAGCGGAGAUUCAAACAUAAGGCGGAACAACGUUGCAAAACUCCUCUAUCUUUUCACCCUAGGAGAACGGACUCAUUUCGGUCAGAUAGAAUGUCUCAAACUCCUGGCCUCACCGCGAUUCGCAGACAAGCGGCUGGGAUACUUGGGAACCAUGCUCCUGCUAGACGAGAACCAAGAAGUCCUCACUCUUGUCACGAAUUCGCUGAAGAAUGACCUUGGUCAUUCCAACCAAUAUGUUGCGGGCCUCGCCCUCUGCACUCUGGGCAACAUUGCAUCGAUAGAGAUGUCUCGAGAUCUCUUCCCAGAAGUCGAAAAUCUCAUUUCUACCGCCAACCCUUACAUACGUCGGAAGGCUGCCCUUUGCGCGAUGCGAAUAUGUCGGAAGGUUCCAGAUCUACAAGAACAUUUCCUCGAGAAGGCCAAACUGUUACUACAAGAUAGAAAUCAUGGAGUACUUCUCUGUGGGCUGACCCUGAUCACCAGCAUGUGCGAAGCGGACGAAGCCGAGGGCGGCGAAGAAGGAAUUGUCGAUAUGUUUAGACCUGUCGUUCCUCAUCUUGUCCGCACUUUGAAGAGCCUUACCAGUUCAGGGUAUACACCUGAACAUGAUGUUUCUGGAAUUACAGACCCUUUCCUCCAGGUCAAGAUCCUAAGGUUGUUCAGGGUCCUGGGCAGAGGAGAUCCUACGACUAGUGAACAGAUCAACGACAUAUUAGCACAGGUCGCUACCAAUACAGAAGCCACCAAGAAUGUCGGCAACUCGAUUCUGUAUGAGGCAGUUCUGACCAUUCUAGAUAUCGAAGCAGAUUCAGGACUACGUGUGCUUGGAGUGAACAUACUAGGUAAAUUCUUGGCCAACAAGGACAACAACAUCCGAUAUGUGGCACUCAACACACUCGUCAAAGUUGUGGCCAUUGAACCAAAUGCUGUACAAAGGCACCGAAACACAAUUCUUGAGUGUCUGAGAGAUCCCGAUAUUUCAAUCCGCCGGCGAGCACUCGACUUGAGCUUCACGCUCAUCCGAGAAGACAACGUGCGCGUUUUGAUUCGAGAACUCCUUGCCUUCCUGGAAGUUGCUGAUAAUGAGUUCAAGUCUGUGAUGACAACUCAAAUCGGGAUAGCAGCAGAUCGAUAUGCACCAAACAAGAGGUGGCAUAUUGACACCAUGUUGAGGGUUAUCAAGCUUGCGGGAAACUACGUCAAGGAGCAGAUUUUGUCGUCAUUCGUUCGUCUCAUUGCAACGUCACCUGAUCAGCAGACAUAUUCUGUCCAGAAAUUAUAUUCAGCCUUGAAGGCUGACAUCACUCAGGAGGCUCUUACACUAGCUGGGGUGUGGGUAAUUGGUGAGUUUGGUGACGCCUUGAUUCGUGGGGGUCAAUAUGAAGAGGAAGAGCUUGUGAAAGAAGUUAAAGAGAGCGAUAUCGUCGACUUAUACACCACGAUCCUCAACUCGACAUAUGCAAACCAGGUUGUUACCGAAUUCAUCAUAACUUCAGCCAUGAAACUGACCACGAGAAUGACCGAUCAAGCUCAGAUAGAGAAGAUCAGGCGCCUGAUGCAAUCUAGAUCCUCUGAUCUUAGCGUUGAGAUUCAGCAAAGGGCUGUCGAGUAUGGAAAUAUGUUUGGUUACGAUUCGAUACGAAGAGGAGUGUUGGAGAAAAUGCCUCCACCAGAGAUCAAAGAAGAGCAAAGAGUACUGGGUGAAGCAAGCACACCAGCCAAGAACAAGAAGAAGGCGUUGAAAGCCAAGUCGAAAACAUCGGUUGUCAAAAAUACAGAGUCGGACAUGCUUCUCGAUCUCAUGGGUGGCUCAGAUGUUCCAGCUGUGGACGCUAGUGCGACAUUGAAUGGCCAACAGCAAACGGCAGACCUUCUUGCAGACAUUCUAGGCGGUGGGAGUUCAAUUUCAAGUCCACCAGCUCAAACCAGGAGUCCAGUACCCACGUCCAACACCGAUUCUAUCAUGGAUUUGUUCGGCAAUGCAAGUGCGAAAGCAAACACUCCAGUUCCUACCGGUCCACAAGCUCACCCAGCAUACAACAAAAAUGGCUUGUCCGUCACGAUUCAAAUAUCAAGGAGCGGGGCCGGCGCUCAAGUAUUAGCUCGAUUCAAGAACAGUGGUGCAUUCGAGCAAUUCACUGGUGUUGGGUUGCAGGCCGCAGUCCCAAAAAGCCAGAAAUUGACCCUACAGGCCAUUAAUAAAAGUACUUUGGAUGGUGGCGACGAAGCAACUCAAGGAAUGCGUAUUGUCGCUGCAUCAGGAGCCCUUCCUGCGAAGCUGAGACUAAGACUGAAGGUCUCAUAUGCAAAGGACGGUGGAGCUAUGGUAACGGAUCAAGUAGAUUGGACCGAACCCUGA